AUGGACGGCGACCGUACUCCAGAAGAGCAAAUUGAGAUUGCGGAACUCGGACAAAACUCUGGCCUCGAUGAGAAUGUCGAGCUCUCGCAAGUGUUUUCGUACUCUCUCGAGCAGAGAAUCAUGGAGGGAUGCGUCAUUUCGGCAGUUCUUGAGCCAAAUGGACAGGAGACCGUCGUCGCCGUUUCGGUCACCAAUAAAAUUAUUAUCAAAGGUUUGUUAACAUUAAUGUUAUGAUAUUCUCAAAGGAGAUUUCAGAUCAAGAAACGGCGCUGAACAUAACCGAAACGAUUCGAUGCAUUGCGGCGGCUCCGUUUGGAGAGGGAUACGAUUGUAUCAUAAUAGGAACGGACGCGAGUGUCAUCUGUUAUGAUGUGCACAACAAUCUGACCGUAUUCCGGAACGACGUUCCCGACGGAGUCAAUUGUUUCACUGUUUGUACUUUCACUUGUCUGUCUGCCAACUCAUUUCUCCAUUUCAGUACGGGAAACUGGGUGAAUCGGAAGAAGCCAUCUACUGCGGAGGCAACUGUUGCAUCUGGGGAUUCGAUAGAACCGGAGCGAACACGUAUUGGACGGUGACCGGGGAUCAGGUGACGACGAUGUGUUUGAGUGACUACGAUGCGGACGGUGAGACCGAACUCAUCAUCGGAUCACCGGAUUACGAGAUCCGAGUGUUCAAGAACGAUCUGAUGAGGGCGGAGUUGAUGGAAACGGACGAGAUCACGAGCCUCGCCCACGUCGCCAGCGGCUGCUUUGCUUAUUCUCUCAACAACGGAACGAUCGGAACGUACGUGUUGAAAGAGAGGCAAUGGAGGAUCAAGUCAAAGUCGAACGUCUCGAAAAUAUUCAACUUCGAAGAGCAGGGCCUGAUGGUUGUCGUCUGGAAACAGGGCAAAGUCGAUCUGCGGUUCGCGCACAACGGAGAAGUGCUCUCGAGGGAUUCUGUCUCGGCCAACGUGGCAUCUGCGACUGUGAACAGAAAAGGAGAGGACUCUGUGAUUACUGUAGUGUGCGUGGAUGGAAGAGUGAAAGGGUUCAAAGUGCAGAAAGCGCAGAACGGAGCAAUCGACAAGACUCAGCAGUUGAUCAGAGAGUUCGGGCAGAAAAAGCACAAUCUGAUGAUGGAACUGUCGAAUUACGAGCAGGAAGAACAACUGACCGAAGCGGAGAAGGACCGGGAUUUCCGUAUUCCGGCCGACACGGAAGUCAACGUUCUGUUCGUGGUGAAUAGUGAACUGCAACUGCUGAGUCUGAGGGUCGAGGCCACCCACAACAUCCCCAUCAGAGGGGUGCUCAUCUUUGCAGAAGGACUCUUCGAAGGAGAGUCAUACAUUUGGUAGGGAGGGAUGAAAGAAAGAGCAAGAAUCAAGGUUCAGUUCAGGAUCCCUCCGAAUGAGCACCAGUCACGGAGCAGCAUAGACAUUCCAUUGGUGAUCGACAAGGAUUCGACGAAUGAUCUACACACAAAAGUGUUUUUGGGUCACGUCGACUCGUGAGCUUCUCUUCCAGUAAUUCCAGUUCUAAAUGACCAGAUUGUGUGAUUCAGAAACAAACUGAUGGUGAUGGAGAACACACGGAUCCUGCCCCGUUUCUGUCGGUUCACUCUGAUCAAAGAACAAUACGCACAACACUUUUUCAUGCCCACAUCCUACAUUCAAUUCGAGAUUAGCAGCAAGGUCACAAAAGUAUGUCUCCAGAAGCAAACUCUCAUCGUCCGAAUGAAAAUGAGAUUUCAGUUGUCCGACUGGGUGCUCGAGAGCUUCACGAUCGAUGCUCCGUUGGCCGAAGAGUUCGACACGCGGGAGGGAGAUUUCCAGUUCAUGGGUCUGAGGCCGAAGCACGACAAGUCCCUGAUGUUCAGGAUCAGUCAGUCGGACCGGAUGAUGCGCAUCUUCCACGACAACAUCGAAACGAUGGGCGCUAUUGUUCAGAGCUUUGCGAGCUUUUUCCAGAUACAGAACAUGGAAUGCAUUGCUCACUUUGCGGACGUCUUCAAGGAGGCGGAAGAGAUUCUGGAGGAGAUAGACCCGAUGACGGAAGUGAGAGACAGACUUACGGCCGAGCUGCAGGAGAGACAGGCCGCCGUCAAGGAGAUCAUCAUCCGUGCAGAAGACGCGAUCGCCAUCGACAACAUGUUAGUCCCCUCUCUCUCUCUCUCUUUUUCUUUCUUUUUCUUUCUCGUUCAUUUACUCUUUUUAGACCAGAAGCCCGCAAAUUCUACAUCCGUCUGAAAGCGAACGAUUCGGCGGCACGGCAAGCAGCUCAACUAAGGUGUGCGCGCCCUUUUACGGAACAUUUCCAGAAAAAAUAGCCCGUUUGCAGAUGGAAUAACCAGGAAAGAUGUGUCAAAUCUCUGCGACGUCUCAAUAAAAUCAUAGAGAACUGCUCACGGCUCCGUGGUAUACUCCCCACUAUUCUAUUGGAGCAAACAAUGUGAAUUUCAGUUGGAGAACCCGGAAGGCAGAUCGUGGUCUCGUGUCGAUCGGCGAUUGCGGACGACAACAAACAGAUAAUCACGAAGGUUCUGCAGUUCGGAGCAUCGAAAUGA